AUCCUAUAGAUCCGAUCAAUAAUAAAAAUGCCUUUGACGAGAACUACCGAAUCCUCUGUGAAUUUGUUUGACCAUUUUCACCGGCGGGACUCUGGUGUGUCCGAUAUGGCUAGCCAUCUAAGUCACACGGAUGAGCAUGCUGGGGUUUAUCAUAUCCACACAUCACCACUCCACUAUGAUGGUGGAGAUAAUAAAUUUUACUCAACUGAAAACAUUAUUGCAGUCAUACCAGAAGAACCGGAGGUAAAUGAGGAAGAAGAGAAAAUACCAUGUUGGAAGGAUGUCUACCUAAAAUUAUGUCCUCCUCGCGGCCCCACUGGAAAAUGGCUUUCUUGGAGUCUCAUUUGUUUGACACUCUUUGGUAUGACAUGGUCUCUAGCACCGAAACACAUGUGUCCAAAUGAAAACAUAUUUGGAUUGUUCGUGACCAUAUUACUCUGCUUCGUUGCGGAAAUUGGAAUUGCAAAAAUUCCAACCUGUCACGGGUUUCCCCCUUUACCGAAGCUCUUGGCUUCUCUUUUGAUGGGAGUUAUGUUGGCAAACCUACCACCGCCUGUGAAUUUUGCUGAAUAUAUACAUCCACACUGGAGUUGGAGCCUGAGAACCUUGGCGUUGGCAGUUAUUUUAACCCGGGCCGGACUAGAACUUGAUCCCAAAGCCAUGGAAAAAGUGAAAUGGGCUGUCGUUCGACUUGCUUUUCUUCCGUGUCUUGGUGAAACAUGUAUGAUCGGAAUAUUUGGUCAUCUUAUAAUGGGAUUUCCCUGGGAGUGGAGUUUUAUGCUUGGAUUUUUGAUUGCUGCGGUAUCACCAGCCGUUGUCAUUCCAUCCUUGAUAUUGCUUCAAGAGAAAGGGUUAGGAUGCGAAAAGGGAGUUCCGUCUUUGGUAAUGGCUGCAUCAGGCAUUGACGACGUUUUAGCAAUAGCGGGCUUCACUGUUCUUCUCGGCAUAGCAAUGCCUACAAAACUCGAGGAAGCGAUCAUUGGAGAAUCGCCUCAUCCACCACCACAUCAUACCACACAGGCUCCAGAAUUACGACUGUUCGAAGGCAACGGAAGUGACAGCUUCACAACUGCCUACAUGGACACAACAAUGGUGGAUUUUACAAAUACCACAGCUAUGCACCAAAGUGGAGGAGGACAUAGCAAAGCUGGGUUGGAGUUGCUGGGAGCACUGGUAGAAGUGGUGAUUGGAAUUGCUGCCGGACUUGUGUGCGGGUUUCUCAUCUCGUAUGUGCCUCCUAAAGAUAUGAAACAUAAGAGCUUUGUUCGUGGAUCUUUGCUUCUCAGUAUUGGCGUAUUUGCCGUUUUUGCAUCAGAUUUCUGGGGAAUUCCUGGAUCCGGCGCUCUGUGGGCGUUGGUGACGUCGUUCGUUGCGUCAUUUCACUGGAAGGACGAAUGUAAACCGCUAGAAGUUGCCUGGCAUUACAUGUGGAUCGUAUUUCAACCAAUUUUAUUUGGAUUAACUGGUGCGACCGUUCAAGUCGAUAUGCUUGAUGGACAAACUGUUGGACUUGGAAUGUCGGUUCUUAGCCUCGGCCUGCUAGCAAGAAUGUGCGUUAGUACCAGUGUAACUUGGGGUCUCAAUUUCAAUCUUCGUGAAAAAGCUUUUGUCACAAUUGCUUGGAUUCCAAAAGGAACAGUCCAGGCGGCUUUAGGAUCAGCAGCGCUCGAUGCUGCACUGACACUUCAUCGGUCGCCACAAGAAAUAAAAUGGGGCGAGCAGGUCUUGGUUCUUGCGGUAUUGGUAACGUUGAUUACUGCUCCUGUUGGAGCAUUUGGGAUAAGUAUCAGUGGACCUAAAUUGCUGUCGGGUCCCGAGGCGAGAGGCAUCGACAACCAUGCAUUGGACGUGAGCGAUGAAGUGGAGGCACAAAGAAAAAGUGAAGACGACUCAGUUACUUCAGAUGACUCAGGAACUCACAAACAUUCAACACAAAAGCAUUUUGCACGAAAAAUAAGAAUAAGUGAAUGUGACGGAGGUUCCUUUAGCGAUGACGAUUCUUAUGACACAAGUAUUUGAUAUAUAUAGUUGAGAUCACAUUUAUUUUGACCCGAGCAAUAUCUCCCAUUCAAUCCAGAACUGGGAUCAUACAUUUUGCGGAAAAGUCAAAUUAUCACUGUGAGUGUAGGCUUUGCAUUUAGAAUUUCGCGCAAUGCAUUUCACUUAUAUGCGGUGCAUGAAAGUGAGGCUGAAGUUGUGGUAGCAAUGUAGUAAAUUGAAUAACUAUCUUUUUAAGCAGAUUGUUGGUGAUUAAGUUCUUAUUUAUUACAGUUUUAAUAGAAUGAUAAAAACAUGUGAUGAAUAAAAUAUGCAAAACACGUUAUAUGAUUUAUUAUUCGGUGAAAUGGUCAUUUUCAGUGUACCUGUUAAAUAGUAGUAUGUUGCACUGAAAAAAUAUUCGUGGUCUGUAAUAUGUUUCAUGAUAAUUCUUUCACUUCUACAUUUCAAGGGAAUACUAACAAGUAAAAUUGUAAUCUUUACAUCAUUUCAGGACGGAAAUCGACAUUCUAUACUUAUGCAUGUGUAUUAUCGCCAAAGCCCAUAUAUAUAUAUAUAUAUACUUAUAUAAUAUCCAUUAUUUUCGACAGGGGAAGCAGAAUAGAAUACAGAAUAUACCAAACUUAGUACAGGAAAUUUUUU